UGUGUGUGUGUGUAUUCUUUGACUCCACCUCCUGACUUCCUCCUCUGUGGACUAAACAAGUUUCGGUUUAAGAGAAACGCCAUUUUGUGGAAUAAGGAAGCAAAUCACUGGCAGGAGAAAAACACAAAGACGCCAUUUUAAGCUCCUCCACUCGACCGGAAAUACUCUCCAUAUCUCCAUAGCGGUUUAAAGGUGUAAUCAUGCGAGAUAAUACCUCCAACAUGAGUGUGUCUGUGAACCAGCGCUUAAAGAAAGAUGAGAGUCUGAUUCAGGGUGAGAGAUCAGACUCACCUGAACCCAGCUGUGUGUCCAUGAAGAGUGACGCGUCAAUGAAUCGUCCAAUAUACUUCAGAGACACAGACUGUGCUACUGAUCUGAGACUGCAGAAGAAUAAAUCAAAAAUCACAGAGAAGAGUCAUUUGGAGGCCAUAUUCAAGGAUCUGGAGCAUAAAGUCAUCACUCUGUUAAAGAAGGAGCUGAAGAAAUUUAAGAAGCUCCUGAGUCCAGAUUACCCAGCAUGCUCUGAGAGGGAGGUGGAGGAUGAGGAGGAUCAGAGCAGUGUCAGAGAGGGAGCGCUGAAGAUCACACUGCACGUCCUGAAGAACAUGAACCACACAGAUCUCGCUAACACACUGCAGAACAGAUUUGUCGUGUACCAUCGAAAACUCAAAUCCAAACUGAGAGAGAAAUGUAAAAGAAUUAAUGAAGGAAUCUCACAGCAUGGAAGCUCAGCACUUCUGAAUGAGAUCUACACAGAUCUCUACAUCACAGAGGGUUGGAGUGGAGACGUCAAUAAUGAACAUGAGGUGAGACAGAUUGAGACAGCGUCCAGGAGACCAGCAACACAGGAGACACCCAUCAAAUGUAAUCAGCUCUUUAAAGACAAGUCCAUCAGAAGUGUGCUGACUAAAGGAGUUGCUGGAAUUGGAAAAACAGUCUCUGUGCAGAAGUUCAUUCUGGACUGGGCUGAAGGAAAAGCAAAUCAGGACGUCACCUUCAUGUUUCCACUUCCCUUUAGAGAGCUGAAUUUGAUGAAGCAGAAAAAUCUCAGUCUGAUGAAUCUUCUUCAUCACUUUUUCCCAGAAAUAAAAGAAUUACAAUUAAUAGACUGUAAUAUUCACAAAGUGAUAUUCAUCUUUGAUGGUCUGGAUGAGUGUCGACUUCCUCUAAAUUUCCAGAACAAUGAGAGUUUGUGUGAUGUGACAGAGUCAGCCUCAGUGGAUGUUCUGCUGACAAACCUCAUCAAGGGGAAUCUGCUUCCCUCUGCUCUCCUCUGGAUAACUUCUCGACCUGGAGCAGCCAAUCAGAUCCCUCCUGAGUGUGUAGACCAGGUAACAGAAGUAAGAGGGUUCAGUGAUCCUCAGAAAGAAGAGUACUUCAGGAAGAGGAUCAGUGAUCAGAGCCUGGUCAAUAAAAUCAUCACACACAUGAAGUCUUCAAGAAGCCUCUACAUCAUGUGCCACAUCCCAGUCUUCUGCUGGAUUUCAGCCACUGUUCUAGAGAGAAUGUUGGGUGAAGCAGAGAGUGGAGAGAUCCCCAAGACUCUGACUCAAAUGUUCACACACUUCCUGAUCUUUCAGAUCAAACACAAGGACCAAAAGUACCAUCAGAAAUGUGACCCUGAUCCACGGAAGACCAGAAAGAGUAUCCUGGCACUGGGAAAACUGGCUUUCCAACAGCUGGAGAAAGGAAACCUGAUCUUCUAUGAGGAAGACCUGAGAGAGUGCGGCAUUGAUGUCAGAGAAGUGUCAGUGUACUCAGGAGUGUGUACCCAGAUCUUCAGAGAGGAGUUUGGGCUUCACCUGGGGAAGGUGUUCAGCUUUGUACAUCUGAGUGUUCAGGAGUUUCUGGCUGCUUUAUACGCAUUUCUCUCUUUCAUUAACAAAAAGAAUGCAACACAUCAAACCUGGUUUGGUCUUUUAACCAAAUCAAACAUGUCUGAUUUCCUGAGAAGUACAGUGGACAAGGCCUUACAGAGUGAGAAUGGACACCUGGACCUGUUCCUCCGCUUCCUUCUGGGUCUCUCACUGGAGUCCAAUCAGACUCUCUUACGAGACCUAAUUCCCCAGACAGGAAGCAGCUCUCACAGCAAACAGGAAACAGUCGAGUACAUCAAGGAGAAGAUCAGGGAGAAUCCAUCUCCAGAGAAAUCCAUCAAUCUGUUCCACUGUCUGAAUGAACUCAAUGAUCAUUCUCUAGUGCAGGAAGUACAGCAUUACCUGAAAGGUAAAGAUGACAAUCGUCUCAGGGGAGUCAGACUCUCUCCUGCUCAGUGGUCAGCUCUGGCGUUUGUGUUGCUGAACUCAGACGAGAAUCUGGAUGAGUUUGAUUUGAGGAAAUAUGACAGAUCAGAGGAAUGUCUUCUGAGGCUGAUGCCAGUGGUCAAAGCAUCCAGAAAAGCUAAGCUGUGGAACUGUAAUCUCACAGAGGAAAGCUGUAGAGCUCUGUCCUCAGUUCUCAGCUCAAACUCCUCCAGUCUGAGAGAACUGGACCAGAGUUACAGUAUUAACCUGCAGGAUUCAGGAGUGAAGCUGCUCUCUGCUGGACUGGAGAAUCCACACUGUACACUGGAGACACUGAGGCUGUGGAAGUGUAAUCUCACAGAGGAAAGCUGUAGAGCUCUGUCCUCAGUUCUCAGCUCAAACUCCUCCAGUCUGAGAGAACUGGACCUGAGUGACAAUAACCUGCAGGAUUCAGGAGUGAAGCUGCUCUCUGCUGGACUGGAGAAUCCACACUGUACACUGGAGACACUGGGGCUGUAUCGCUGUAAUCUCACAGGGAAAAGCUGUAGAGCUCUGUCCUCAGUUCUCAGCUCAAACUCCUCCAGUCUGAGAGAACUGGACCUGAGUUACAAUUAUAAACUGCAGGAUUCAGGAGUGAAGCUGCUCUCUGCUGGACUGGAGAAUCCACACUGUACACUGGAGACACUGAGGCUGCAAUGGUGCAGUAUUACAGGUGAAGGUUGUGCUGCUCUGGUUUCAGCUCUGAAGUCAAACACCUCAUCACACCUGAGAGAACUGAAUCUGAACUACAAUAAACCAGGAGAAUCAGGAGUGAAGCUGCUCUCUGAUCUACUGAAGGAUCCACACUGUAAACUGGAGACACUACAGCUGCGUGGCUGUAAUCUCACAGGGGAAAGCUGUAGAGCUCUGUCCUCAGUUCUCAGCUCAAACUCCUCCAGUCUGAGAGAACUGGACCUGAGUUGCAAUAAACUGCAGGAUUCAGGAGUGAAGCUGCUCUCUGCUGGACUGGAGAAUCCACACUGUACACUGGAGACACUGAGGCUGGAAUGUUGCAGUAUUACAGGUGAAGGUUGUGCUGCUCUGGUUUCAGCUCUGAAGUCAAACACCUCAUCACACCUGAGAGAACUGAAUCUGAACCUCAAUAAACCAGGAGAAUCAGGAGUGAAGCUGCUCUCUGAUCUACUGAAGGAUCCACACUGUAAACUGGAGACACUACAGCUGCGUGACUGUAAUCUCACAGGGGAAAGCUGUAGAGCUCUGUCCUCAGUUCUCAGCUCAAACUCCUCCAGUCUGAGAGAACUGGACCUGAGUUACAAUAUUAACCUGCAGGAUUCAGGAGUGAAGCUGCUCUCUGCUGGACUGGAGAAUCCACACUGUACACUGGAGACACUGAGGCUGCGUGACUGUAAUCUCACAGGGGAAAGCUGUAGAGCUCUGUCCUCAGUUCUCAGCUCAAACUCCUCCAGUCUGAGAGAACUGGACCUGAGUCACAAUAAUAACCUGCAGGAUUCAGGAGUGAAGCUGCUCUCUGCUGGACUGGAGAAUCCACACUGUACACUGGAGACACUGAGGCUGGAAUGCUGCAGUAUUACAGGUGAAGGUUGUGCUGCUCUGGUUUCAGCUCUGAAGUCAAACACCUCAUCACACCUGAGAGAACUGAAUCUGAACCGCAAUAAACCAGGAGAAUCAGGAGUGAAGCUGCUCUCUGAUCUACUGAAGGAUCCACACUGUAAACUGGAGACACUACAGCUGCGUGGCUGUAAUCUCACAGGGGAAAGCUGUAGAGCUCUGUCCUCAGUUCUCAGCUCAAACUCCUCCAGUCUGAGAGAACUGGACCUGAGUUACAAUAAUAACCUGCAGGAUUCAGGAGUGAAGCUGCUCUCUGCUGGACUGGAGAAUCCACACUGUACACUGGAGACACUGAGGCUGGAAUACUGCAGUAUUACAGGUGAAGGUUGUGCUGCUCUGGUUUCAGCUCUGAAGUCAAACACCUCAUCACACCUGAGAGAACUGAAUCUGAACUACAAUAAACCAGGAGAAUCAGGAGUGAAGCUGCUCUCUGAUCUACUGAAGGAUCCACACUGUAAACUGGAGACACUACAGCUGUGGAACUGUAAUCUCACAGAGGAAAGCUGUAGAGCUCUGUCCUCAGUUCUCAGCUCAAACUCCUCCAGUCUGAGAGAACUGGACCUGAGUCACAAUUAUUACCUGCAGGAUUCAGGAGUGAAGCUGCUCUCUGCUGGACUGGAGAAUUCACACUGUACACUGGAGACACUGAGGCUGUGUGACUGUAAUCUCACAGAGGAAAGCUGUAGAGCUCUGUCCUCAGUUCUCAGCUCAAACUCCUCCAGUCUGAGAGAACUGGACCUGAGUGGAAAUAAUCUGCAGGAUUCAGGAGUGAAGCUGCUCUCUGCUGGACUGGAGAAUCCACACUGUACACUGGAGACACUGAGGCUGGUAGGCUGCAGUAUUACAGGUGAAGGUUGUGCUGCUCUGGUUUCAGCUCUGAAGUCAAACACCUCAUCAAACCUGAGAGAACUGAAUCUGAACCGCAAUGAACCAGGAGAAUCAGGAGUGAAGUUGCUCUCUGAUCUACUCAAGGAUCCACACUGUAAACUCGGGAAACUAAAGCUGUUUUGGUGUAAUCUCACAGAGGAAAGCUGUAGAGCUCUGUCCUCAGUUCUCAGCUCAAACUCCUCCAGUCUGAGAGAACUGGACCUGAGUUACAAUUAUAUCCUGCAGGAUUCAGGAGUGAAGCUGCUCUCUGCUGGACUGGAGAAUCCACACUGUACACUGGAGACACUGAGGCUGCGUGGGUGUAAUCUCACAGGGGAAAGCUGUAGAGCUCUGUCCUCAGUUCUCAGCUCAAACUCCUCCAGUCUGAGAGAACUGGACCUGAGUGAGAAUUAUAACCUGCAGGAUUCAGGAGUGAAGCUGCUCUCUGCUGGACUGGAGAAUCCACACUGUACACUGGAGACACUGAGGCUGGUAGGCUGCAGUAUUACAGGUGAAGGUUGUGCUGCUCUGGUUUCAGCUCUGAAGUCAAACACCUCAUCACACCUGAGAGAACUGAAUCUGAACGACAAUAAACCAGGAGAAUCAGGAGUGAAGCUGCUCUCUGAUCUACUGAAGGAUCCACACUGUAAACUGGAGACACUACAGCUGUGGAAGUGUAAUCUCACAGGGGAAAGCUGUAGAGCUCUGUCCUCAGUUCUCAGCUCAAACUCCUCCAGUCUGAGAGAACUGGACCUGAGUAACAAUAACCUGCAGGAUUCAGGAGUGAAGCUGCUCUCUGCUGGACUGGAGAAUCCACACUGUACACUGGAGACACUGAGGCUGGAACGCUGCAGUAUUACAGGUGAAGGUUGUGCUGCUCUGGUUUCAGCUCUGAAGUCAAACACCUCAUCACACCUGAGAGAACUGAAUCUGAACCGCAAUAAACCAGGAGAAUCAGGAGUGAAGCUGCUCUCUGAUCUACUGAAGGAUCCACACUGUAAACUGGAGACACUACAGCUGCGUCACUGUAAUCUCACAGAGGAAAGCUGUAGAGCUCUGUCCUCAGUUCUCAGCUCAAACUCCUCCAGUCUGAGAGAACUGGACCUGAGUGACAAUUAUAACCUGCAGGAUUCAGGAGUGAAGCUGCUCUCUGCUGGACUGGAGAAUCCACACUGUACACUGGAGAUACUGAGGCUGCGUGACUGUAAUCUCACAGAGGAAAGCUGUAGAGCUCUGUACUCAGUUCUCAGCUCAAACUCCUCCAGUCUGAGAGAACUGGACCUGAGUUACAGUAACCUGCAGGAUUCAGGAGUGAAGCUGCUCUCUGCUGGACUGGAGAAUCCACACUGUACACUGGAGACACUGAGGCUGGAAGGCUGCAGUAUUACAGGUGAAGGUUGUGCUGCUCUGGUUUCAGCUCUGAAGUCAAACACCUCAUCACACCUGAGAGAACUGAAUCUGAACGACAAUAAACCAGGAGAAUCAGGAGUGAAGCUGCUCUCUGAUCUACUGAAGGAUCCACACUGUAAACUGGAGACACUAGAGCUGCGUGAGUGUAAUCUCACAGAGGAAAGCUGUAGAGCUCUGUCCUCAGUUCUCAGCUCAAACUCCUCCAGUCUGAGAGAACUGGACCUGAGUUACAAUGAUGAACUGCAGGAUUCAGGAGUGAAGCUGCUCUCUGCUGGACUGGAGAAUCCACACUGUACACUGGAGACACUGAGGCUGCGUGACUGUAAUCUCACAGAGGAAAGCUGUAGAGCUCUGUCCUCAGUUCUCAGCUCAAACUCCUCCAGUCUGAGAGAACUGGACCUGAGUCACAAUAAUAACCUGCAGGAUUCAGGAGUGAAGCUGCUCUCUGCUGGACUGGAGAAUCCACACUGUACACUGGAGACACUGAGGCUGGAAUGCUGCAGUAUUACAGGUGAAGGUUGUGCUGCUCUGGUUUCAGCUCUGAAGUCAAACACCUCAUCACACCUGAGAGAACUGAAUCUGAACUACAAUAAACCAGGAGAAUCAGGAGUGAAGCUGCUCUCUGAUCUACUGAAGGAUCCACACUGUAAACUGGAGAAACUGCAGCUGCGUUACUGUAAUCUCACAGAGGAAAGCUGUAGAGCUCUGUCCUCAGUUCUCAGCUCAAACUCCUCCAGUCUGAGAGAACUGGACCUGAGUUACAAUAAUAACCUGCAGGAUUCAGGAGUGAAGCUGCUCUCUGCUGGACUGGAGAAUCCACACUGUACACUGGAGACACUGAGGCUGCGUUGGUGUAAUCUCACAGAGGAAAGCUGUAGAGCUCUGUCCUCAGUUCUCAGCUCAAACUCCUCCAGUCUGAGAGAACUGGACCUGAGUUACAAUAACCUGCAGGAUUCAGGAGUGAAGCUGCUCUCUGCUGGACUGGAGAAUCCACACUGUACACUGGAGAUACUGGGGCUGGAAAGCUGCAGUAUUACAGGUGAAGGUUGUGCUGCUCUGGUUUCAGCUCUGAAGUCAAACACCUCAUCACACCUGAGAGAACUGAAUCUGAACUACAAUAAACCAGGAGAAUCAGGAGUGAAGCUGCUCUCUGAUCUACUGAAGGAUCCACACUGUAAACUGGAGACACUACAGCUGCGUGACUGUAAUCUCACAGAGGAAAGCUGUAGAGCUCUGUCCUCAGUUCUCAGCUCAAACUCCUCCAGUCUGAGAGAACUGGACCUGAGUUACAGUAUUAACCUGCAGGAUUCAGGAGUGAAGCUGCUCUCUGCUGGACUGGAGAAUCCACACUGUACACUGGAGACACUGAGGCUGCGUUGGUGUAAUCUCACAGAGGAAAGCUGUAGAGCUCUGUCCUCAGUUCUCAGCUCAAACUCCUCCAGUCUGAGAGAACUGGACCUGAGUCACAAUAAUAACCUGCAGGAUUCAGGAGUGAAGCUGCUCUCUGCUGGACUGGAGAAUCCACACUGUACACUGGAGACACUGAGGCUGGAAUACUGCAGUAUUACAGGUGAAGGUUGUGCUGCUCUGGUUUCAGCUCUGAAGUCAAACACCUCAUCACACCUGAGAGAACUGAAUCUGAACCACAAUAAACCAGGAGAAUCAGGAGUGAAGCUGCUCUCUGAUCUACUGAAGGAUCCACACUGUAAACUGGAGACACUACAGCUGCGUGGCUGUAAUCUCACAGGGGAAAGCUGUAGAGCUCUGUCCUCAGUUCUCAGCUCAAACUCCUCCAGUCUGAGAGAACUGGACCUGAGUCACAAUAAUAACCUGCAGGAUUCAGGAGUGAAGCUGCUCUCUGCUGGACUGGAGAAUCCACACUGUACACUGGAGACACUGAGGCUGGAAUACUGCAGUAUUACAGGUGAAGGUUGUGCUGCUCUGGUUUCAGCUCUGAAGUCAAACACCUCAUCAGACCUGAGAGAACUGAAUCUGAACCGCAAUGAACCAGGAGAAUCAGGAGUGAAGCUGCUCUCUGAUCUACUGAAGGAUCCACACUGUAAACUGGAGACACUACAGCUGUGUGAGUGUAAUCUCACAGGGGAAAGCUGUAGAGCUCUGUCCUCAGUUCUCAGCUCAAACUCCUCCAGUCUGAGAGAACUGGACCUGAGUUACAAUUAUAAACUGCAGAAUUCAGGAGUGAAGCUGCUCUCUGCUGGACUGGAGAAUCCACACUGUACACUGGAGACACUGAGGCUGUAUCGCUGUAAUCUCACAGAGGAAAGCUGUAGAGCUCUGUCCUCAGUUCUCAGCUCAAACUCCUCCAGUCUGAGAGAACUGGACCUGAGUGGCAAUAACCUGCAGGAUUCAGGAGUGAAGCUGCUCUCUGCUGGACUGGAGAAUCCACACUGUAUGCUGGAGAAACUGAGGCUGCGUGACUGUAAUCUCACAGAGGACAGCUGUAGAGCUCUGUCCUCAGUUCUCAGCUCAAACUCCUCCAGUCUGAGAGAACUGGACCUGAGUUACAAUUAUAAACUGCAGGAUUCAGGAGUGAAGCUGCUCUCUGCUGGACUGGAGAAUCCACACUGUACACUGGAGACACUGAGGCUGCGUGGGUGUAAUCUCACAGAGGAAAGCUGUAGAGCUCUGUCCUCAGUUCUCAGCUCAAACUCCUCCAGUCUGAGAGAACUGGACCUGAGUGAGAAUUAUAACCUGCAGGAUUCAGGAGUGAAGCUGCUCUCUGCUGGACUGGAGAAUCCACACUGUACACUGGAGACACUGAGGCUGGUAGGCUGCAGUAUUACAGGUGAAGGUUGUGCUGCUCUGGUUUCAGCUCUGAAGUCAAACACCUCAUCACACCUGAGAGAACUGAAUCUGAACGACAAUACACCAGGAAAAUCAGGAGUGAAGCUGCUCUCUGAUCUACUGAAGGAUCCACACUGUAAACUGGAUAAACUACAAUUUAAGCAGUUUUAAGUCUGAUCUGAUCUGAGUCUCACACACAGAGGAUGAUGAGGAGAAACUCUUACAGUACAAAGUGUUUGAAAAACAUGAUCAUUUAGUGAUAAUCAGAUGGUGUACAACAUGUCAGCACUUCUGCUUCUCUAGUUGUUUGUAAAAAUGCACCAGCUGAGAUAAAUAAACUUUAACUGUACAGUAA